GAAAGGAGGAGCCAGAUUCUUGGGAGCCAGAGGCUGACUCUGUCAACCGCUUAGAGCGGCCUGUCAAGCACUGAGGUCCAUACGUCUAAAGGCUAUUGGUAUCGCUACUGGAUAUUCCCAUUUGUUUUAUGUUUACUGUAGAUAAUCUAAGAAAAAUCUUCCCUCACGAAAUAAGGACAAUGGAGGCAGCGGUUUGCUUGCUGUUAGUGGCUGCUGUGGGACUCAAAGCUCAGGGGCCCGAAGGUGUCGGAAGCCGCGUCGCGGGAGAGACACAAAGAUUCAUUUACGGAAACCGACACAGGCGCUCCAGCGAGGCGCAGGAGAAGUGCACCUACACGUUCAUCGUCCCGCAGCAAAAAGUCACGGGGGCCAUUUGUGUGAACUCCAAGGAACCCGACGGACCCCUCCUGGAGAACAGGGUCCACAAGCAGGAGCUGGAGCUCCUCAACCACGAGCUCUUGAAGCAGAAGAGGCAGAUCGAAACCCUGCAGCAGCUGGUGGAGGUGGAUGGCGGCAUUGUGAACGAGGUCAAGCUGCUGCGGAAAGAGAGCCGCAACAUGAACUCCCGCGUCACCCAGCUCUACAUGCAGCUGCUGCAUGAGAUCAUCCGGAAGCGGGACAACGCGCUGGAGCUCUCCCAGCUGGAGAACAAGAUCCUGAACCAGACGGCCGACAUGCUGCAGCUGGCCAGCAGGUACAAGGACCUGGAGCACAAGUACCAGCACCUGGUCGCCAUCGCCAACAACCAGUCGACGGUGAUCGCCCAGCUGGAAGAGCACUGCCAGAGGAUGCCGGCCCUGCAACCGCCGCAGCCCCCCAACCGCGUCUACCAGCCGCCCACCUACAACCGCAUCACCAACCAGAUCUCCACCAACGAAAUUCAGAGCGACCAGAACUUAAAGGCUCUGCCACCCAGCCUCCCGACCAUGCCGCCCGUCACCAGCGUCCCAACGUCGACCGACAAGCCCUCAGGUCCUUGGCGAGACUGUUUACAAGCUUUAGAAGACGGCCACGGGACCAGCUCCAUAUAUCUGGUCAAACCUGAGAAUGCCAACCGAUUGAUGCAAGUCUGGUGCGAUCAGCGGCAAGAUCCCGGCGGCUGGACUGUAAUUCAAAGGCGUUUGGAUGGCUCGGUUAAUUUCUUUAGGAACUGGGAAACCUAUAAGCAAGGGUUUGGUAACAUCGAUGGAGAGUACUGGCUGGGGUUGGAAAACAUUUACUGGCUGACAAACCAAGGCAACUACAAGUUGUUGAUAACCAUGGAGGACUGGACAGGACGCAAAGUUUUCGCAGAAUACGCCAGCUUCCGUCUGGAGCCGGAAAGUGAAUUCUACAAGUUGCGAGUGGGACGAUACAACGGCAAUGCGGGAGAUUCCUUUACGUGGCACAACGGCAAACAAUUCACCACGCUGGAUAGAGACCAUGAUGUAUACACAGGCAACUGCGCCCACUAUCAGAAAGGGGGCUGGUGGUAUAACGCAUGCGCCCACUCCAACCUCAACGGCGUCUGGUACCGAGGGGGCCAUUACCGGAGCCGCUACCAAGAUGGAGUCUACUGGGCAGAGUUCCGGGGAGGGUCGUAUUCCCUGAAAAAAGUGACGAUGAUGAUUAGGCCGAACCCGAACACGUUCCACUGAAGGGAGUCCCCUCCCGAGGGGCCGAGAGUGACGUCUUUCCCAUGCAACCCAUCCUCUCGGCAGCGAAGAAUGUGAGAUAAUCUCGUACACACUGACUGCUGGACAAGGAGACCUGGAUAUUGGACCGUCCCAGGAUCGAUCUAGAACCAAAACAAGCGGCUUUUCUCUCUCUUUUUGGCCUGGAAAACAAGGAGCCAAGCGGUCGCUUUCAAGAUGGCACGGACCGUCGAUCAACACAGAUCCUAGGAAAGCUGCCCCACCAUCUAAAACGCUUCCUAUAUUAGAUAUACUCUCGGAAUGCUGCACAUAUUCGAAACGGUAGAGUAAAUAAUAGAUCCAUUUGACACAGGAGAUUAUAUCCUUUGAAGCUAUGUAGCCAGUAUCUUAGGCUGUUAAAAUUUAGUCCUUAAUUUAAUCCGUUCCAGGGAUUUUAGUGCCUCUCCACCAACUGUGUCUUGCACAAAUGGAAUUCCAAGUUUGGAAUUCUUCCCAUUCUAUUUGGAUGCCAGGCGGCGUUAUGACUCCACCAAGAACUAUUUCGAGCGGUUUAUACAAACAGUUCUAAUAUUUCUCUUCGCUCAUCCUCCUGAAGGCAUUGGCCAUUCUCCAAACGUUGACCAAAACUCAUACUGUACUCUUUCCCCCCCCCCAAUUAUCUCAGCAGUAUCAAUGUGGAUUUUUUUUGAGACUUUUGGGAAUAAUUUAGGUCCUUCUUUAUCAUCUGCACAAAUGUUUUGAUAAUAUAAAUGACUAUUUCAGCUUCUGAGCAAAGUUGCCCUUGGAAAGUUUUCUCUCUCUAAUAAAAAGAACAGUCGUGCAACUCACAGAGUUAUAAAUGGAAUAAAAACUUGGAGGGUGGGCGAAGUUAGAUCCUCGUAUCAUUAAAAACAAAAGGAAAGGGUUAAAGUUUACGGCUUCCUUAAAUUGAAGGCAAAUAAUAGCUAUUGGAACAGAACCCGUUUAAUUUGCCAUUAGACUGUAACUCUUUGGAAAGUGAUGUGAUACACAGAAUCAUUUGCCGUACUUUACUAUAAGGGCCAAA